AAUGUCCCGAAGGCACAGCGUCGUUGACGCGUACUCAACUGUAGAAGGAAAGAUUCGCGACACGAUGCGAGAACUCUCAGCGUUAUGGGAUGAGGUGGACAUGUCGGAAGCAAUGAGGCUCAAGCGUGUCGACAACGCGUUCACGCACAUAACGCUUCUCUGUGAUGAUAUGCUAUCCGGCGAGAAGGAGAUGAUCCACAAUCUGAAGGUCAGCAUUCGCGAGGACAUGCAAAAUGUCAAAAAGAUGCGGCUCGAGCUGGAAAUGGAGGAUUUUCAGCGGCCCGCCGAGAUAAAGGACGGCUCGAUCGCCUUGAUGAGACAUUUGCAGUCGGAAGUGAAAAGUUUGGAGACAGAAUUCCAGACGAGACACGAGGAUCAGCGUGUGCUCAUCGAGAAGAUCUGCAAUUUGAAGAAGCGGUUGGAGUCGGAUUUCGAAUUCGAAUAUGAGAUUCAUGCGCUCUUCCCAGUAAAGGCGUUCGAGAAGUACUCGGCAAGCUGCAGUGAGAUGGAGGAGCUCCUCAAACACCGCUACCACCAAAUCGAGCGUCUCCAGACCGACAUCUCGCAGUGGAAGAGUAUGGCGCAGAAUGUGGCCGACUAUAUCGGCGGGGAUGAUGAUUUGAAGAAUUUGCUGGAGAAGAACAUCGAUUCCCCGGAAUUUGUGUUCUCUGAGCGGCUUUUGGACUCGUUGCAGUCUUACCACAGCGAGCUGGAGCCGCUUUACAAGCAUUGGCUGGAAGAUAUCGAGUUCCGAUGGACCGAGAAGCAUCAGCAACUUCAGGAGCUUUGGGAGAAAUGUCUCGUAUCGGAAGCAGAUCGACAUUAUUCGCCGAUUUUCGAGCCAACCAAAAACUCGGAGCAAACCCUAAAGCGGAUGGAGGACGAGUGUGACCGCCUGGAGAAGAAGUACGAAGCGUGCCGAAUCGUGUUCGAGCUUGUCGACAAGUGGAGAGCCGUGUGGACCGAGAAGCUCACGAUCGACGAGAAGCGGAAGCAGCCGAACUACUACAAGACGACAAACGUGCUGCCGGAUAACAAGCGAGAACGCGAGCUGCUCAACCAGAUGCCAGUGCUCGAGCGGAAAAUCGACUCGGCGCACCGAAAAUACGGCAAUGAGCACGACGGCGAGCAGAUUUCGAUCCAGGGAAUGGCGCCGUUGGAGUACGUGCGUUUCGUGCAGGAGGAGCACAAACGCGAGCUGAAAUUCGAGCUUCAGCUCAAGAAGGAGGAGAAGACGCGGAUGCAGUCGCCGACGCCGACCCGUACGCCUCGCACACAGAAGAGAGCCAUGUUUAGGACGCCGAUGUCGACGGCGAAGAUGGAGCCCGUGGCUAAAAAGCUAAACUUCGACACGGAUCUACCGCCAUGUAUGUCUCCCGCCACAUCCGAAAUGAUCAGCUUCAUCACACCGACCAGAAGACAAGCCGUCGGCCCGAAAACCUCGUCGCCAAAGGACACACAGCCCUCCACCUCCUCCUCAUCCCGAACGACGACUCCGAUGUCGAAACGGGCGAUGACGCCGUCCUCAAUCGCCUCAUCGACGCCGUCAUCCGCUAAGAAAGUGCUGACGAGACGAAAUCAGUUUUUGUGAAUAAUUUCAUCAUUCCAAUUUUUUUUUCUGUGUGUGUACAUUUUCAAUUUCCUAUAGGAAUUUUUCGCCGCAUUAAUCAAUCAAACGGCACGUGCUUUACUCGCCCCAAUGCACAAUACAUUGUUAAAUAGUUAAACUUUUUGCUUUUUUAUUUCCUUUUAUAAAAUGGAAUUAACUCAAUGAACUUGUGCUUUAG